GGGUGGGAGCUAUAUAAAGGCAGAUUUUCAGAGAGGAGGGCCUUACACAAUCGCCUGCAGAGCUGAACAUGAAGAGGUUUCUGCUCACUAUUCUGCUGCUGCACUUGCUGGGCUGCUCAGGUUUUCCAGUUAAUGACUAUGAUGAUGAUGUCAUUAGAACAGCUUUGAAUGCCUCCCUUGCUCAGCUAAAUGAUCAGUCCAGGGAUGUAAACUUGCUCAGGAUCACUCGGAGCAGAGUGAAGAGGGUGAUGUAUCCAAGGGACAGCGACGUAGACUUUGACUUAAUUCUGGAAUUUAGUGUCCGAGAGACCAUCUGCAAUAAGAACUCUGCCCGUGAUCCCUCGUCGUGUGACUUUAAAAUAGGAUAUUAUAAAGAAGCUUCCUGUAGAAGCCAAGUGUUAGUCUCUGAUGGAGGCCCCAAGGUUUUGAGCGCAUAUUGCUACAUGCCUACCGACAGCUCAUCUGAAUCAGACAGCAGUGAAGAGAUAAGAAUUUCAAACACACAAAGAGGCUUCAGGCAGAACUCGGAAAGAUUCCCUUCCCAUUGGGAUCCAUACGGAAGGAUGAAUCAGAAACCAAAUCCAAGAUGGGAAGAAGAAACUUGGGACUCACCAUUGUGGGAAUAAUCCUCCCAGAACCAGUGGCAUACGCCCCACACGUCCAAAUGUUUUACCUACUGGAUUUUGGCCUUGUACCUCUGUAAUUCACAAAUACAUAAAGGCUGCAUGUUCUUUGAGAGCAGAGAGAACUUAAACAUUUGCACGAUUAUUCGGAUACAAAACUCACAGUGCUAAAAUUCUCCUAAUAAAAUCUACCACACAAAACAAA